GUAUCGGAUGUGCUUCCUGCGGGAGUUUAGUUUUCAACUGCGCUUGAUCGUCUGCUGGCAUAAGUGAUAUUGAUCAAGCAAGAAAAGACCUUCAGGCGUUCGCAUGCUCUCUGAUGGGUUCGUGAAUUAGAAGCGUUCGCGAGUAACCGCUGUCUUGUGCCUGAUCGACGCAUAGAGAUGAUGUCGGCGGCAGCAGCGGCGGUGUGCGGGGGAUCCCCGGUCCUGCCUUCAAGUACGGUGGAUCCGGCCACAAACGAUGCGCCGCUGGAGUUUGCGGCACGAAUCAAGACCACUGUGGCUCCCGAAGGGCUCGGACGUCCUGUGGGAGCAACAUUUGGGAGCUUUGCUGCUGGACUGGCUGAAGGAGCAGCUGGCCUCCCCUCGUUGGCUAGCCUUAUGGGCAGUCCCGCACCCUGGGGUGUGCCCCCAUUUAUUGGCCUGCCCGGAGACCAUGCCCUUAUGGGAGUGGUUUCCAGCUACAGCCAGUGCCCACAGUUUGGUUUUCUAGGACCCCCACCUGAAAUUGGGCCUGGAAUAUUGCCAGCCAGUGUUCUCAGCCCAAAUGCACCUGUGAAGGAGCUGCUGAGGUUUCCAAGCUGCGUCCUGUACCCUCCGAAGCCAAAUAUGCCACCACCAGCCACGCGAGACCGACCCCCAGGCUGUCGCACAGUGUUUGUGGGUGGCCUGCCUGAGAGUUCUACGGAGGAGCUGGUGCGGGAGGUGUUCCAGCACUGCGGCACUAUCACCACUGUUCGCAUGAGCAAGAAGAACUUUUGCCACAUCCGCUUUGAGACAGAAGAGCAAGUGGAUCGUGCCAUUGCCCUCUCUGGGUACCGGAUGAAAAUUCGAGACCAAGAGGAGGCUAGCCACACUGGACGGCUGCACGUGGACUUUGCACAGGCACGAGAUGACCAGUACGAGUGGGAGUGCCGCCAGCGAGCCUUGCAGCGUGAACAGCGCCACCGCGAGCGGUUGGACCGUGAGCGGUUGCGGCCGCCUUCGCCGCCGCCAGUGGUCCAUUAUUCAGACCAUGAGGCCCAACAGCUCACUGAGCGUCUGAAAGGGGACGAAAGCUUCCAGAAGGCAGUGCAAGUGCUGACGGUGUGGUUGGACCGUGGAGAGUGCACCAAGCGCAAUGCAGGCCAAUUUUACUCAAUGCUGCAGACAGCCAAUGGUCACAUCCGCCGCCUACUCCAAGAGAAGCAGGACCACCAAGAAGCGCUGGACAAGGCCCGCGUCCUAUUUGCCCAGAGGCUCCAGGGGAUCCUUGUCCAACUGGGACAAAUUGAGAAGGUAUUUUCCAUGGCCAGUCAUCAGAAGGUUUGGGACCAUUUCACCAAAGCCCAGCGCAAGAACAUUGAUACCUGGCGCAAGCAAUCUGAGGAAAUCAAGUCUGCGCACUUGGCUGAUGUGUUGGACAAACGCCAGGAAGACGAGAUGGAUCUGAGUGAUGAGGACGAGCCACCGCCUGCAAAGGCAGCCAAGAUAUCGGAGAGUGGCUCAGAAGGUGAUGGCAGCAGUGCUCUGGCUGCAGAAGAUGAAUCGGCGGCAGCGACGCGACUGGCCCUGCAAGAAGAGUGCGACUCCCUCCGGUGCCAGCUGGAGGCAUAUCGCAAUGAGGCGCAGCUCCUCAAGGCCGAGCAAGAGCAGCGUGACCAGCAGCUGCACUUGCUCCAGCAAGCCUUGCAGGGCCUUCAGCAGCAGCGUGCACGGGAUUUCCAAGAACUGGAAAAAUUGCGGUCAUCCAAAAAUGGCUCUACACCAAGCCCUGAGAGAGAACCAUGCUCAGCAUCUGGUUCGCGGAAUGAAGUGUCCUCAUCUACUCAGGUUGCAGGGAUAAGAAUCACUGAAAAGGAUGCAAAGCUGAUUGGUUUGGUGUCCAUGUUCCUGCAUCUGCAUCCGGACGGUGCCAGUCUGGACUACCUGUGGUCAUACGUGCACACCCGGGAGCCAGCUCUGCAGCCAUGUGACGUCGAGGUGCUCCUCUCCAAGUUUCCCGCGCUGUUCCCGCUCGAGGUCACAGGCGUCGGUGCCACUCUCGAGAGACGGUGGAAGUUUGGUGGAUUCGCGCCGUCUCUUUGAAAUGUUUUUCUAGUCUUUUCAUCCUUGACUUGAGGAGGAAAAAAUAAAUUUUUUCCUCCUCCUUGG